CAACCCGACUUCUCUCUCUCUCUCUCUUUCUCUUUCUCGUUUCUGUUUCCCUCUCCCUUCAAAAACCUUUCAAAGAAGAUUUCAUCUACAGGAGUCUACCACCCUGGGAAGCACAGCGAGUGUCCGUCGAAACCAGGGUUUUUCCAUGUCUGGCUCAACGAAUGAGGCUUCCUCUGAAGGUCUCGACUUGAACUCGGAAGCCGUUCCUCUAGUAGAAGAGGUUGUUUCUGUGGUUAGGGUUACAGAAUCAACUACGGUUGCCCUUAGUUUGUCUGUAGCUGAAACCCUAGCGGAGCAGGGUUCUAAUCUUGAAGGAGAAACCGCCGAGGCUGGGUUAUCUGUUGAAGGGCAGAAUCUGCUGGAAACAUUUGCAGAGGGUGCUGAUGUUCGUGAGGGUGGUAUGGGUACCCAUGCAAUUAGUUCAAUGGAAGAACGAGUAGUAGUAGAAGAAGCUGCUGAUGUUGGUUUGAUCAAGGAGGAUUCGGAGAGAGAGACCAAGGAAUUUGUAGAUGCUGUUGCUGAUAUCGUAGUAAGAGGUGAACCUGAAUUGGCGUUAACGCUGAAAGUCUCUGCUUCUGACGCUCAAGAAUUGAGAGACAGGGGUGAAGUUACAGAAGCGGAGAGUUCUGUGACGAUCACUGAGUUGACUGUUGAGGGAACUCACGUUGUGUCCGGAGAGAAAACUGUUGAAUUGGAAAAUUCUGAGGUUUCAAAUACCAAAGGCGAUGUUCUGGAGCCGAAGUAUUUGGAUGAGAAUCUAUCUUUUUCGGAGAAAAAUGAAGGAUUGGAGGUUGAGGGGGUAAAGAAAAGCAACGAAGCUAAUGGUGUUAGAGAUUCGGAUGCUUCUGUAGGUCUUGGUUCUCUUUCAAAUGGUGAACAUGGUACCACUUUAAGCGCAGCUGAUACUGACGUAAGUCCUCCUGAAGAUGGGAAACAGGAGCUAAUUUCUCAAGUAGUUGAAGCACUUUCUGACCAGGUAAUCACCGAGGAUAUUGAUGAACCAGAACCUUCAGUUUCUUGUGCUUUGCCAUCUGCAGUGGUGCAGGUUAAUUAUACUCAAGUUAUUGGAUCAUUAGGUCCUCAGCCGGACCAGAGUGAGGUUGCAGAUGUUCAAGUUGCAGCUGUUUGCAGUUCUAAUCAUGAGGAACACAGGAUGGGCGCGCCUUCUCCUCAGCUGGACUCUUCUCCUUUGGCAGAGAACCAAUCGAUGGAGGUUGAAGAUGAAACAACUGCAGAAGGUGGGUGUCGCAAGCUGGAUGAGAGUCAAUUUGAAUCUCAAUCUCAGCCAGUUCCCAUUAAUUUUGAUGUGGGUAGUUUAGUUGAAAAUUCGGAUAAUCAUACUGGCACAAAUGUAAAUAAUAAGAUUGUAGAGGAGGUUUUGAACCAAUCGAUGGAGGUCGAAGUUGAAACAGCUGCAGCAGGUGGGUGUUGCAAGCUGGAUGUGAGCCAAUUUGAAUCUCAAUCUCAUCCAAUUUCCAUUGACUCUGAUGUGGGUAGUUUAGUUGAAAAUUCAGAUAAUCAUCCUGGCACGAAUGUGAAUGAGAACACCAUAGAGGAGGUUUUGAAUGAAGAUGUACGAACCAAGGUUGAAGAGAGUGGGGCCCAUGGUACUGAGUCUGCCACAGAUGUGAAUAAGAACACUGUAGAGGAGGUUCUGAAUGAAGAUGAACGAACCAAGGGUGAAGAGAGUGGGGCCCAUGCUACGCAUCCUGGCGCAGAUGGAAAACAGAGGAUUUUCGGUGAGGUUUUCAAGGAAGAUGGAGGGACUGAUGUUGAAGAAAUGGGAGACAAUGUUACUAAUCCAGAGACAGAUGGAAUCCAGAAUACCAUUAGUGAGGUUUUCAAGGAGGAAGGAAGUGGGUUUAAAGAGAUGCUGGACGGUAAGAGAAAAAUUGCCAGUGAUGUUUCCAAAGAAGAUGAAGGAACUGGGCUUAAAGAGAUGUCAGAUGAUGUCACACAUCUGGGCAGAGAUGGAAACCAGAAGACAGCUGAUAAGGUUGUCGGAAAAGAUGAAAGAACUGAGAUUAGUGAGGUGGGGGAUGGUGUUACGUGUCUGGGCACAGAUGGAAACCAGAAGCCUGUUAAUGAUGUUUUCCAGAAUGAUGAUGGAAUCGAUAUGAAGGAUGAGAACCAGAUGUUCCUUCAUGAUUCUCCGAAGGAAGAUGAAGGAAGUGAGACUAAAGAGGUGGGAGAUGAUGUCACUUGUCUAGGCAGUGAUGGACACCAGAAGAAAGUAGAAGAGGUUCCGAUGGAAGAUGGAGCCGAGGUUACAGAGAGAGAAGAUGAUGUUAAAUUUUUUGCAUCAGACUGCUUGGAUGAGAACGUCACAAAAAAUAUUGGUGGGGUUGAUUCACGUGUAAAUCAGAAGAUAGAAACUUCAGAAGAGCUUGCAACUACUUUGAGCUCUGGAACUGCAUCUGGAAAUGAUAACCAGGUUUUUUAUGGCCUGGAAGCAGAAAAAGAAGGUGUGUUUUCAGUUUCUGAUUUAGUCUGGGGUAAGGUGAAGAGUCAUCCCUGGUGGCCUGGACAGAUAUUUGAUACAUUAGAUGCAUCAGAGCAGGCGAUGAAAUAUCGAAAGAAGGACAGCUUUUUGGUUGCUUAUUUUGGCGAUCGAACAUUUGCUUGGAAUGAAGCAUCACUGCUAAAGCCCUUUAGAACUCAUUUUUCACAGAUGGAGAAGCAGAGCAAUUUGGAGUCAUUUCGUAAAGCAGUUAAUUGUGCAUUGGAUGAAAUUGCUAGACGAGUAGAGCUGGGGCUAGUCUGCUCUUGCACUUCAGAAGAAGUCAAUGCAAAGAUUGGAUCACAAAUGAUUGAGAACACUGGAAUCCGGGAAGAAUCAAGCAGGAGAGAAGGCACAGACAAAGCCCUUAGUUUGAGUUCUUUCAAACCAGAGAUGCUUGUUGAAUAUAUCAGAUCAUUAGCACUGUCUCCAUUGGGUGGAGUUGAUAGGCUGGAACUUGUCAUAGCUCAGGCUCAACUACUGGCCUUGUGUCGGUCAAGGGGAUACCCUUGUUUGCCUAAAUUCCAGUUGUGUGGUGGUUUGGUGGAGAAUGAAACCGACAGUUCAAUCUUGUUAGAAAGAAAGCAUUCAAAAGAAACCGAUCAUGAUGCGGUAGCUAUAUCUGAGAAUGAAGAUCAGGUACUCUCUGGGAAAGGUAAAGUGAAGAAUCAAGAUGGCUCUUCUCGUAAGCGUAAACAGACCUCAGCGAAUGGUGCACAUCAUAGGAAAAAAGAAAGAAGUUUAUCAGAGUUGAUGGCUGCCAAGAAGAUUUUCUCAACUGAUGAUGGAAAUGAGUCUGUUGAAGGGGCUUCCUUUAAGCCAGUUUCAUCAUCAUCUGGAAAGAAACGUAAGCCAGGCGAUUCCUUUCCUUGUGACCCAGUCAUUCAAAAUAGGAAAAGAAAUAUUUCAUUAUCAGGAGCUGCUGAUGCUGAUUCUGCUCAGCCCAAGCAAUCUUUUAAAGUCGGCGAAUCCAUCUGUAGAGUUGCGAGUCUACUCACUCGAUCUCCUCCGAUCCUCAAGUGUAGCAGUGAAAGGCUCCGUAAAGGCGUAGCUAAGGUGGAUCAGAUCAGUGAAAGAUCUACUUGGGUUGGUGGUGAUGUUUCUUCAAAAACUCCCGAACAAAGGAGAAAGAUAGUCAGUCAAACAGAGCACUCCUCGCCUGAUGAAAUGCUGGCCCAACUUUGCUUGGCUGCACGAGACCCAAUGAAAGGGUACAGUUUUCUGACUACCAUAAUUAGUUUCUUCUCUGAAUUCAGGAAUUCUGUUUGCCUUGAUCAUAAAAGUUCUUGGAAGCACAAAAUGUCUUCAGAGAAAGUUGGUGGUAAAAAGAAAAGAUCAGCCAACCCUAACACCGACUCCACCGAAUCAUAUACUUUUGACGACAUGCAAGACUCUUACUGGACUGACAGGAUUGUCCAAAUUGGUGCUGAAGAAGAACCAUUGGACAAAAGCAGGAAGAAAAGAGGAAGGCCGAGGAAAAAGAUGUCUAUGCUGACCAAUGGAGCUGACAAUUCUCAUCAGUGGAGUCCUGUAUUGGACAUUGUGCAGCGACAUCCUGAUGACAAUGCUGAACAGCCAGUUGAAAAAUCUUAUGAACUGCCAGUUGACAUUCCAGAGGGCAGCGUGGGUUCAAAUUCCAAGGAUUACAACUCACCAGCAGCGCUAAUAUUAAGCUUCUCUGAGUCUGAUGCAGAUUGUAUUCCUUCAGAAAAAAAACUGAAUAGUCUAUUUAGACACUUUGGGCCAUUGAAAGAAUCAGAAGCAGAAGUGCUGAAGACAAGCAACUGUGCUAGAGUGGUCUUCAAGAGGCGUACUGAUGCAGAAGUCGCUCUCAGUAGUGCAGGGAAAUUCAACAUUUUUGGACCAAUGCUUGUCAGCUACAGCCUGAUGUAUUUGCCGUCAGCACCAGCAAAAAUUCCAUCCUUGGCUUCAUCACUAGGCAUGGAAGAUAUGGCACCACAAGGCACAGAAGAUAUUGUACCACAGCAAUUAGAAUAUAUGGCACCCCAAGGCAUGGAAGGUAUGACAGCACAACACAUAGAAGAUGAGGCACCACAAGGUAUGGAAGACAUGGCUCCCGAAGGCACAGAAGAUAUGGCACAGCACAUAGAAGAUGUGGCACCACAAGACAUUGAAGAUAUGCCACCACAAGGCACAGAAGAUAUGGCACCACGGCACAUAGAAGAUAUGGCACAAGAAGGCAUAGAAGAUGUAGCACCACUGGGUAUGGAAGAUUUGGCCCCACAAGACACGGAAGAUAUAACACAGAACAUAGAAGAUGUGGCACCCCAAGACAUAGAAGAUAUGACCCCACAACAGAUAGAAAAUAUGGCAGCAGAAGGCAUAGCAGAUAUGGCACCAGAAAGCACGGAAGUUAUGGCACCACAGCACAUAGAAGAUCUGGUACCAGAAGGCGCAGAAGAUAUGGCACGACAGGGUACAGAAGAUGUGGCACCACAGGGUAUGGAUGAUGUGGCACCACAAAGCACAGAAGAUAUGGCACAUCACAUAGAAUAUGUGGCACCACAAGAUAUGGAAGAUAUGGCACCACAAGGCACAGAAGAUAUGGCACUACAGCACAUAGAAGAUAUGGCACCAGAAGGCAUGGAAGAUAUUGCACCAGAAUGCAUGAAAGAUAUGGCAGCGGAGCACAUAAAAGAUGUGGCACAAGAACGUAUGGAAGAUAUGGCGCCAGAAGGCACAGAAGAUAUGGAACCACAUUACGAAGAAGAUGUGGCACCACAACAGCUAGUAGAUAUGGCACCUGCAUGAGGCAACACAUCCUGAUCCUUCUCUUGCUGAAAGGCUGUUGCUUGAAGGUUUCAGGGCUUACCAACUGCAUUGCAGCAGUCUUGUCCUGGAAGGUGGGAGCCACGACUCUUCCUACUUAGGGUAUCCCUUCGGCAAGAAUUCAUCAAUCUGACAAUUUGAACCGUCCUGGUAUGUUUUGCUGUAGAUGGCAAGCAAAAGGCUGAUGGAUCAGUUCAUUAGGAGUCAUCUAAAAGGAAGUGUUGGCCCACCACCUUGUUCGUACAAGUUGCAUGUUCUGGUCCAUUAUGUAAAGUUGGUUCAAUGCCAGGGGGUCAGAUUCACCAUUCGAUGAGGUUGCUGUGGAUUCUGAUAGGACAAACUUAACCUCAAUUGCUUUCCUUCUAGUUUUCCGCAAAAAGAUGGUGCAACUCAACAAAGAUUACCAAUUGAAUGGUUGGGGAAACUUGGUUAUCCUGGUGCUUGCCUAGGUGUGAUCUAUUGAGGGGACCUUAUGGACAGUUGUCUUGCCAUUGCAUGUGAGCCUUAUGACUCAUGUCCUUGGUGCGUUUGAGACUCAAAUGGUGGUGGUAGAUGCAUGUAAAAUGUUGACGGACUACUGAGGGCGGUGAAAUGAGGGCAGCUGAAGAUGGUAACUUACUGUUAUGAUAAUCUGUUUAUCUGAGAUUUUUUCCUCCUACAGAAUACUUGUUUUCAGCAUGCUUUUGGGUUUGAGGCUGUUGGCUUCAUUGAGGUUACUGUAAAAUGAAUAUUCUCGAUCUUGCCUUUUUUUUUUUUAAAUGGAAUUUAGUCCCAAAAGUUCUCAUUAGGCUUAUAAUUUUUCCCUCUAUUUCUGGUUAUCAGUUGUGUUUAAUGCUCA